AUGGCCAAAACAUCGGCUCCAGGCCCAGAUGACAUCACCCUGGGGGAUCUGUGCAAAGCAGAUCCAAAAUUCUCAUUACUGACAGAGAUUUUUAAUCUCUGGCUAAUAUCCGGAACAGUUUCUGACCAAGUGAAGAACUGCCGCACGCUCCUGCUUCCAAAAUCGGACUGGCCAGACCGUCUGAAGGACAUCAACAACUGGAGGCCUAUCACCGUCGGCUCAACGGUGUUGAGUCUGUUCUCCAGAGUCCUGACAGCGCGUCUGAGCAAGGCUUGCCCCAUCAAUCCUCGUCAAAAAGGAUUCACAAGGGCACCGGGAUGUUCCGAGAAUCUCCAGCUCCUGCAACUGUUGCUGAAGACCGCAAAGAGGGAGCACAACGAGAUUGCAGUUGUUUUUGUGGACAUUGCCAAAGCCUUUAAUACAGUGAGUCACCAGCAUAUUAUAGAGGGCCUAAGGCAGAGGAAAGUGGACGAGCACAUCAUUAAUCUCAUCCAAAGCAUGUAUGUGAACACCUCUACAUGCAUUAAGACCCAGGAUGAGACAUCAGCUCCCAUUAAUAUACUAAAGGGAGUCAAACAGGGGGACCCUAUGUCCCCACUGCUCUUUAACCUCACGCUGGACCCUCUACUGUGUAAAUUAGAAAAGGAAGGGCAGGGAUAUAAAUGUGAGGGUGCCAACAUAACAGCUAUGGCUUUUGCGGAUGAUUUAGUGUUACAGAGCAACUCCUGGGAGGGGAUGAUGCAUAACAUCAAGAUCCUUGAGACAUUUUGUGACAUCACCGGUCUCAAGACACAGGGGGAGAAAUGCCACAGCUUUUACAUCAAGCCAACUAAGGACUCUUAUAACAUCAAUGAUUGCCCCCCAUGGACUGUGAAUAACACACCCCUCAAUAUGAUACCCCCAGGAGAAUCAGAGAAAUACCUUGGGCUACAAGUGGACCCCUGGGUUGGCAUUGCCCAGGCUGAACUGCUAGCAAAAAUCAACACCUGGCUGCAAAGGAUAGGAAGAACACACCUAAAACCACUGCAAAAAAUAGAUCUGUUAAAAGUUUACACCAUGCCCAGAUUAUAUUACAUCACUGACCACACAGACACACCAUUUGUGCUCCUCAAAUCCAUUGAUCAAGCUGUACGGACAAAGGUAAAAGAGUGGCUUCAUUUACCAGCUUGCGAUUGUGAUGCUUUGCUGUACUCAAGCACAAGGGAUGGGGGCUUAGGAAUCUCUCAGUUAGAGAGUCUUAUCCCCAGCAUCCAGGCCAGGAGACUGCACAGAUUGGCUUAAUCAAAGGAUGAAAUUCUUAAAAAACUCUUAAAGGGAGAAGGUGCAUAUCUCAGACAUAAAAAACUGUGGGUUAAAGCUGGAGGUGAUAAAACGAAGAUUCCAUCAAUCUGGACAACCAAACCAACGGUUGCAGUACAAGCACCUACAAGUGAAAUUCUAUCUGAAUGGGAAGCUCUGACUGCAAAACUUAAAUACCCCAAACCGUGCAACUUGAGGAAAAAGGAAUUUGAAAAGUGGAAACAGCUAGUGUCCCAGGGCCGAGGAAUAACACACUUUGAGAAUGAUUCCAUCAGUAAUGCCUGGCUUACAUCCUACAAGGCCAUACACCACAGGAAAUUAAUAACAGCUCUUCAACUCCGUGCCAACGUAUAUCCCACCCGUGAAUUUUUAGCAAGAGCAAGAGAAGGUCAGUACAUCAAAUCAUGCAGACACUGUAAUACAGAGAAUGAAACCUGUUCACACAUCAUAGGAAAAUGCCCGGUGACACAAGAUGCAAGGAUACAGAGGCACAAGAAGAUCUGCGACCUCUUGACCAAUAUAGCUCAGCACAAAGAUUGGACUGUUUUUCAUGAACCUCACAUCAGAGAAUCUAAUGGACAGUUAUUCAAACCAGAUCUCAUUUUUGUCAAGGACAAUCAGGCACAGGUGGUGGAUGUUACCGUGAGAUAUGAGUCGGAGGAUUGCACCUUGGAGAAUGCUGCAGAGGAGAAAGUCACAAAAUAUCAACAUUUAGAAAAGGAAAUACAAGAACUCAGAAAUGCACAACAGGUCAGUUUUAUUGGUUUUCCAUUAGGAUCAAGGGGGAAGUGGUAUCCUGGGAAUAGUACGCUCCUAGAGACUCUGGGACUUUCUAAAAGGGAGCAGGACAGGAACUGUAGGACUCUUGCAUCCAGAGCGCUGGAGUCCUCAGUGGAUAUUAUUCACAUCUUCGUGAGCAAGACUCGCACACCUGGGUAG